GUGUACGCGCAGUAAUCAAAAUGUUGAUUCCUAUAACAGAUUUUCGAUGGUGUGAAACUCUUUGUGAUUUAGAAUUGAUUGUGCCACUCCGCACCACCAAUGUAUCAAAUGCGGAUACGUUUGUCACGAGCAAAUACAUAAAGAUCGUCAUUAAACCCUACAUCUUUGAAUGUGUACUAUACAAACCAAUCAAAGUAGAAGAGAGUACUUUAAAGUUAGUUGAUGGUACAGCUCAAUUUAAUCUGAGGAAAACUAACGCAGAAUUAUGGAAUCAACUGAUAUCAGAUGAUAUGAGUAAUUAUUGACUAUCACAAUUUUUAUACCAAACAAAUUUAUUUCUAUAGAAGAUAAAAAGCGUUUAACACAAAUCAAACAGGAUGCUGUCGUGGAAUAUCAAGAGCGUGAAAGAAAUCGUAUUAAGGCGAAUAAGGAGAUGAAUAAGAAGGGUGAAAAAUAUGCUCUGGAACAAAUUAUGAAGUUGGAGGAUUUAACGCGUCAGCAGAUUAAGAUAGAAAAAGAGGAAGCAGGGAAACAAGCACUCGAAGAUUUUAUGAAUGCUCAUAAAGAAUCUGAAGAGGAGAAAAUUGAGCUUCAAAAUAAAAUUAAAGAAGCUCGACGAUUUGUUAAAGAACACAUGACCAAAAAUAUUCCCAAAGAGGACAAAAUGAAAGCAGUUAACAAUAUUCCAAAUAAAUCUAUUUUUACUGAAAAAUCAAUUGAUUUACCUGUGAGGACUUCAUCGACAAUUGAAGUACAGUUUACUCCGAGAGUAUUUCCUACACCUGAAAGAGAAUCAAAUAAACAAGCUGAAGAGGAGUGGUUAAAUAAACAAGCUGAAUAUAGAAGGAAACUAUUAGAUCGAGUUGUACCCGAUGAUCUAUCCAAAAAUGAACUGGACCCUAUUUGGUUACGUAAAAAAGGAGAUUCAUUAUUUCAAGCUGGAGAUUAUGAAGCUGCAGUCGUCGCUUAUACAGAAGCUAUAUCACAAAAUCCAAAGUUACAUUCGGCUUAUUCAAAUCGAGCUGCAUGUCACCUUCAGUUACGUAAUUAUUUCAAAGCACUUGAGGAUAGUUCAGUGGCACUGGAUUUGUGUGUACCAUCGGUAAUGCAGAAUUUAAAAUCACGUGUACGUGCACACAUUAGACGAGGGGCUGCAUUUUGUAAUUUGCAAAUGUAUAAAGAAGGUUUAGUUGAAUACAAAGCUGCUCAUAAACUACAACCGGAGGAUGAAUCAAUUAAAGCGGACAUUGAAAAACUGGAGGAAUAUUUAAAUAAAUAAUUCAGAAACUGAUUAAUUAAUUGUAAAGUAUAAAGAAUAAUAAAUGUAUAAAUAUUUGUUUUUUUUUAAAUACCUA